AUGUCUUCCAAAAGCAAAACCGUCUCAUUGAGCUCUGGUACAGUGUUGUCUAUUUUCUGUUUGCUCCUUUACUCUGCUGGAUUCAUAAGAAUCGAGGUAAAACUUAACAAUCACGAAGAAAGACUCGUAGCUGUUGAAGAACUCAUUUCUAAAAUGAGUAGUCAAACCAGCAAAAAUGGAAUGGAUGAUACUUCGACUGAAGGUAGGAUUCGAGGGGGCUUAAACAGCGAUCGGCCUCAUAUUUUUCUUCAAAUUUAGCGCGGUGAGGAAUAGACUAUUAUCAUACACUGAGUACCAUGCGUCGAACGACGAAACGAAACCUUUGCGGUUUAGUUGUUUUUUUUUUUCCUCGCGCGUUUCGUUUUACCUGAUUCACUAAGAAAAGAGAGACGCUACAGGAGGUUGUAGCUGUUGCUAGUUUCUGGUAUAUUUGGUGUGUUGGCCAUGUAUAAUACGAAGGAAAACUUUGGGAGCUGGGACACAAUGGUACUUGUAGCAUCAGUCGCUCCCAGAUUCGUACCGGGACAGAGAUACUCAUCCUACCCUUCAGCGUUUUACGCUUACUACGCUCUGACUACAAAAAUGUUGUUUUCUUCGGUUGGUACCCUUGCGGUUAUAAUAAACUACAUCUCCUCCAAAUGCCUAUAAAUCUACUUAGUAUCUUUAGGCGGUACCUUUCAUUAAUUAAUUUCGGUUUCCUUGUCACUGGGUGGAUUUCCCCAUCUAGGAACUCUCUGACACCUUUCAUAUACCGUAUUUAUUCGAAUAAGCGCCCAACCUCGAAUUAGCGCCCAAAACGAAUAAGCGCCCAUCCUAAAGGCAGAAAAAGUUAAUAAGCGCCCAGCCUCGAAUAAGCGCCCACCCCCUCCUCCUCCUCCCCAAUCAAACUCAAAUAAGCACUCACCUCCACCCCACCCAAUUAAGUGAAUAAGUUCCAAUAAGAGACUUCCUUAAGGAUGGAGUUUUCUUCAGAGUAUUUUACAGAAACCUUGCUUUGUUACUUCUUCGCGUUCUGUUAGUAGCAUUUAUUGUUUUGUUGCAAAAUAAACAUACUUCACUUGCUGAAAUGGUGAAAAAUUAAUAAGCGCCCAGCAUCGAACAAGCGCCCACCUCGAAUAAGCGCCCACUCUCAAGGUCCAAAAAUUUAAUAAGGGCCCAGGGCGGUUACUCGAAUAAAUACGGUAGUUAAGUAGCAAACAUUGACAUGUUUGCUUACCCGUGCCCCUAGGUAGAAACGGGAUAUCGUAAGGUGUCGUAUAACCACAAUACCGGUGGGAAAUCUUAAACGACGUCUGCCAGUUUAUUUAAUCGAAAAGUUCCUGUAGUACUGCAGCACUGCUGUGACUUCCUGUUUGUUUCGUGUUGGAUUUCUUUUUUUUUCAGCGAUUAACUAAUCAAAACUUUUUUUUUUUUUUCCAUUUUAACUUCCGCGAUUAACUAAUCAAAACUCUUCGCGAAUAAACUCAUCAACAUUUUGGAUGUGGCAGUGAUUGGAUAACUGAAGAUACGUUCCAUUUUAACCGGUAUGUGAUACCAGAGCACAAAAAGACAAUAAAAAUAAAACCUGAGCAAGAAUUGUGUUUUCAAGGCCUCGUUUUCAUGGGUUCAGAUUUACAACAUCCUGUUUUUGUUACGUUCUCCAUUUUUGCGUUCAUAUUUCAAAAUUUUCUCACUUUUGAAAUGUCUUAAGCUCAAGCGGGCGUCAUCAUAUUUCAAUUUGGUACUCUUGAGAAUAGGUAAAUUUACUAUCGUAGUUGAUGUGUUUUUUUAGCUGCCAGACAAGCAGCCAGACAAGCGGCUGUAAACAAAAGCAGGCUUUAUUUACAAACAGACGUCUGAACAUUUAGGCUUUUGUUAAAAAUAUGGAAUACGACUCAUCCCAGCAGAGAAUGAGCUCAUGCUCUCUUGACUCAACCUGAAUCUUGCGAUACCACUUCCUAUUUUACUGCUGCGCUUAGGAAUACAACAAUUUUAGAAUUUAAUGUUAAUUCAGGAAAGAUAAGAACUUGAGUUGAUAAUUCCUUAUCUUCUGUUACGUUUAGGAAAUGCGAUAUUUCUAAAGUGGGGGCAUACAGCCAAGGGAACAAAUCUAGUUAACACUUCCUCGUUUUCUGUCUCGUUUAGCAAGUGCGAUCAUGAAAAAUACGACGGGAGAUGUGGGAUACAGUAACAAAAACCUGCGCAGAUUCGCCAGACAGAUUAAUGCACCUUUUAAUAACUCAGCCAACUUAAGACAUAUUUUGGAAGAUGUUGUUACGUCAAGCUUCAAAAAGAUUUGCCAGAACACAGGGAAUUGGAAUGUUUGCCCCCGUGGAUUUCCAGGACCUCCUGGAAGGGAUGGACCCAAGGGUGAGAAAGGCAACCAAGGAAAAAAAGGCUCGCAAGGAAUGAUGGGUCAGCCUGGGAGAAGCGGAAAACAAGGAACAAUGGGGUCACCAGGGAUUAGAGGAGAAAAAGGCGUUAAAGGUGAUAUUGGUGCACAGGGUGUUCCCGGAAUGAAAGGUGAACCUGGAGAAUCCAUUUCUGUUCCAAAAGUUAUGGUUUCCCUUCCUCAACUGACUGUGAACCAGAGUGACACUGCUGCUUUACUGUGUUCUGUUUCGGGUAAUCCCGUUCCCAGCGUUACUUGGUCCCGUGUCGGUGGAGUGUUGCCAAGCAACCGAAGCAAUAUAUCAUCAGAGGGUCUACUGCAGAUUCGCAAAGUGCGACUUGAAGAUGCUGGAAAAUAUAAAUGUGUGGCCCGAAAUAUUCUGGGAAGGGAAGAGAAAAUUGCGAGCCUCAUCGUACAAAGUGAGUAUAAGGAAACGAUUCGCAAAGUAUUUCUUGGUCGUCGCGAACUAAAUUUCAGAAAGCUGUUCAAAGAAUUAAGAUCAAAUGUCUUUGUAUGUAGCUGAUUCAAAAGAUGCUGCUUUGGGCAUUGGGACUGGCAAUUAGGCAUUGGGCAUUAGCCGGAAUCCGGGGGUACUCCUGAGGAUUCUUGGUGGGGGUGUGCUGCCAGGUUCUCCAAAUCCAGACCCUACUUCAGACCAAGAAAUUGCAAUUUUUCACUCCCGUUUUCAGACCUGGCCUCUAAGAAAUGAUAUCAUUAUUACUUUAGAACGCCAACAAAAUAUAUUUCUUAAAAUCCAUUUCGAAUUCGCAUCUGAUUUCUCUUUCUUUCUUGUUCAUUUGGAAUUGAAACGAUGAAUACGUUCAUACAUUCCUGUAGUUUCCUCGAAAACCAUACCCGAUUAAAGACCAAAAUGGGCAAAGUUUAUACCCGAUUUCAGGCCAAAACGGCGCAAAAACCACACCCUUUUGGGACUGAAUCCUAUAAGACUUCCAUAUACCCCCCCGGGGGGGACCUCCAAAGAAUAGCUGUCAGUGUGCAAUUCCCAAUGCCAAAAACAAACUUUAUUGAAUCAGCUAUACACCGUAACGCCUUCUAAGCCAUACGCUACGGCGAACCAAAUGUAAACAAUGACGUCACGAUGACCUCACCCCUAAGCCAAUUUUUGGGUUUACUUUACUAGGUUACUCUAAGAAACUUGGACAUACUUUUCCGAAUGUUUCGGUUUAAUUUUUUCAGCUUGUUUUAUUUUCUGCAGGUCAACCAAAGAUUUCCUUGUCGUUCGGUCCAUCUUACGUCGAAAAAGGAAAGAACAUCACCUUACCUGUAUGUCACGUUACUGGAUUCCCUCCACCAAAGAUCACGUGGCGUAAAGAGCCCAAUAACCUUGUGCAAGCGAGAACUGUUGUGAGUGACGGACAGCUGUCAAUAUUAAAUGCUCAAAAAAGGGACUCUGGUUGGUACAAAUGCCAAGCGUCAAAUCCUCUAGGGCAUGACUCGGCUGUUACAGAUCUUAACGUUGUUCAGAGGCCUCAUUUUAUAGUGAAACCGCCAGCACACCUUAAAGUGCGGACAAUACAGAAUAUUACAGUCCGCUGUCAGGCUGCGGGUGAUCCACAACCAACAGUCACCUGGAAAAAAAUUAACGGUACGAUGCCUGGUAGACGAUCAGUAGUUGGUGCCGAUGGAACGCUGAAAAUUUGGAACCCUAAACCGGAGGACUCGGGAACGUACACGUGCACAGCGUCAUCAAAUCUUUUUUCCAGCGUGUUUGUUGCAAUGGCAUUGACUGUGGAAGUACUCAGGAGUAUGAAAAGUACACUUACUCUGUUAAACUCUUUCAAUUGUUCAUUCAGGAACACAUUAACGCAUACAUGGGCUCCCAGUUUUAAUUUUCAUGUGAUCUGUGUGUUUUAUGUAAUGUUGUCAUCAACCACUCCGCCCUCUUUCAUCGAGAUGCGGAAUUGGACUACACGAAGUUUGUUACCAACUAAUCAUAACUAGUUAUUACAAAACUUCUGAUAAUUUCAGCUUUUUUAAAAUUAAAACACAAGAUCUUCCGAGAACUUUUUUGCUCAACGUUGAGCAGCUACAACGAAAAAAAUUCAACUGCGCACGGGAUGGCAUGUAUGACGUUUGUAUCCUAUUAAUGCUGAAAUCAAAACUGCUGAUAGCCAAUCAGAUAAAAUAAUUUUGUCAAAGUUAUGAUCAUGGUACUAUUACUAUUUGUGCACGUCGCAAUAAUGUCUUUACCAUUUUCCUAAUUCUUUUCAAGGAUGUGUCCCUGUAGGAGUCGCAGACAGUAACAAGAUUCCAGAAGCUAGGAUGACAGCGAGUACCUUUUAUAAUAACGAUGAGUAUCCAUACUACGGCCGACUAAAUGGAACGAGAGGAAAUGGAGCGUGGUGUGCAAAGACUAACAACAAAGGAGACUAUCUUCAAGUAGAUAUGAUGAAAGUGUACUCUGUUUGUGCAGUGGCAACACAAGGAUCAAGGGGAAAUAGUCACUGGACUACCCGCUACAAAUUGCAUUUUUCUACUAAUGGAGCAACAUGGGAAUCUUACAAGGAAAAUAGGAUUGAUAAGGUAAGCAUGUUAUAAGUAAAUUGUUUAAUUUUAAUGAAUCAUAAAAUCGCCUUGAAUUUGAGGUGUUACCAAGGAAGUCGGACUG